AUGCAAUCUCUCCAACUUGUGCGUUUUGCUCUUCAAAUGUUUCGCCGGAAGCAGCGCGCGCGUCUUGUUGACCUGUACGGCGAGCGGGCUGAACGGGAAGAGGCACUCUUGUCUGUGAGAGCUGCUUAUGAAGCACGUGUGUCAGCCCGGCGAUUUCGCACCUUGCAGCAAGAGGCGCGCGAGGGGCUCGUGGCAGAGGAGUCACUUGUGCGUGGAACCGUGGAGGGAAAUGAGGUUGACGCACGCUGUGUGGUGGGCGAGCAGGCUGCGCAGGCACUUUUACUGACGCGUGCUGAAGAGGCGGCAAGGAGUGCGGAGCAAACAAGGAUGGCAGCAGCGGCGUGUUUACCCAAAUCACCCUCACAGCAGCAGCAGCAGCAGCGGAAGCGGGGGUACUGCUGUGAAGAAGAACUCUGA